UAUAGUGCAAUCGCAUGCAAUUCUCUCACUCUCCCACUGUUUCAUUUUCCCUCGCAUUUUCCCAAUCUACACGUGGUGAGCAGAGCAGUUUUGUUUUGUUGUCGAACUUUUGAUUUACCGCUCUAUUAUGUGGAUUGACAGUAUUUCUAGUGAGAUAGUUCCUACAAGUUUGUGAUUUAAAUAGGGUGAAGCGGUGGGUUUGUUUUGCUGCGUAAUUUCAACGGAGUUGACCGAUAACCGUUCGUUUGAUUCGAAGAAAGUUGAAUUUAAAUAAUGAUGAAUUACGAGUGUUUGAUGUGCCCUUAUAAGACGUCGGCAUUAUUAAGUUACAACGGACAUCAAUAUUUGCAUCGUAACGAAAGAGUUUGCAGAUUUAGAUGUGUGUAUGAAGGCUGUAUUAAUGAAUUUGCUAAAUACAACAAUUUUAAGUCACACAUUUUCCGCGCACACUCGCGUCAACAGGCGCGUGUUACAAAUCAGCCUCAUCCACGUUUUAAAUGUAAUGAAGAAAUGUGCAGGUUUGAAUGUAUUGCCUUGAAAGACUUGUCAUCUCACAUGUAUGAACAUAUUAGGUCAGGAUGUGUUGUUAAAUGUCCCCUCUUGAGUUGUAAUAGUGUAGAAACGUUGUAUAGAAAAAUUCCUCAAUUUAAAUCUCACAUAUAUCGUAAACAUUCUUUGAAAUCAAAUGAUGAACUUGUGAUAAACAACGAUCAUGAUAGUUUUCAUGACUUCAAUGUUCCUGCUGUUAAUUUAUCAGCUAGCCCAUUUCGGGGAGACUGUAGUGAGAUGGUUACAUACAAUAAUAUUCUGCAAGAAAAUAAUGAAUGUAAUUCUUACCUAAUGUCAUUAGCUUCUUUGUAUUUGACACUACAAACGAAACAUUUUUUAACAGAUAUUGGAUUACAAACUAUGAUUGAGUCUCUAUUAGAUCUUAGUCAAAUUUCAGCUGCAUCCCUUGCUACAAACCUUUCUCAAAUUGGUUUAUCUUUACCGGAAAAUUUUCUUCAAAAUAAUAACUUAUUUGAAAAAUUUCAUAAAACAGGCAGUGGCCCCCUUAGAACUUCCUAUUCUAGAAAACAGUUCUAUAAAAGACAUUUUAAUUACAUUGAGCCACUAUGUUUAGAAUUUAGGGACAAUGACAGUUGGUCAAAAAUCUAUUACAUACCAAUUUUAGACACGAUAAAAUAUUUAAUGACAAAUGAUGCUGUUUAUAAACAUUGGUCACAAGAUACAAACGAAAUAAACAAAAAGUUGAAUAUUAUUAGCGAUAUAGUGGACGGAAAAGUUUAUCAAAGUAACCAUUUUUUCACUGAAAAUUCAAAAGCAUUACGUCUCAUAUUGUAUCAAGAUGCUUUUGAGGUUUGCAACCCUUUGGGCUCUUCAAAAAAAAUCCAUAAGGUAAUUGCCGUGUAUAUGGUAUUAGCUAAUAUCCCUUCCUAUUUGAGGUGUCAGGUUGAUCAUAUACAGCUAGUAGCUUUAGGUUUGGAAUCAGAUAUAAUGAAAUAUGGAUUUUCAAAUAUGUUUAGUGCUAUAAUUAAAGAUAUUAAAAUUUUAGAAACUGAAGGAAUAGUUAUUAACACUGAUACAAAGGAAACUGUUAAAGGUUCUUUAAUUGCGAUGACUGGCGAUAAUCUUGGAAGCCAUCACAUAGGAGGCUUUACAUGUAAUUUUUCUACAAGUGAAUAUUUUUGUCGCUAUUGUCACAUUACAAAAACCGAAUUUGAAAAUAACGUGUUAAAAAUUUCCACAACUAGAUCUAAAUAUUCCUAUGACUUAGAUGUUGAUUUGACUCAUUUAACGAAUGAAACUUCCAGAGGAAUUAAAUUUAACUCAGUCUUAAAUGAAUUGCAACAUUUUCAUGUUUGUCAACCUGGUCUACCACCAUGUGUAGGACAUGACUUAUUUGAAGGGGUCGUGCAAUAUGAUCUUAUGCUAGCAAUUGAUUAUUUUGUUUCAAAAAAAUUUUUUACUUACGAAACUCUCAACUGCCAUUUACAUGACUUUAAAUUUAUUAAUGAAUCCAAAUUCGAAAAAAUACCCAAAAUUAAAAAAGGCGACAAAUUACCAGGCAGUGCGAGUGAAAAUAUGCGGCUUUUGUUUAUACCAUUAGUUAUUUAUGACUUAGUUGAUAGUUGGGACAAAGUAUGGAGGCUUGUACUUAUUUUACGCCAGAUAUGUAGUCUUGUAAUGUCUUUUGAAAUUUCAGUGAGCCAGGUGGCAUACUUGAAAUCAUUAAUUUUUGAGUAUAUCAGCUUGCGUCAACAACUAUUUUCAAGUAUUAAUUUAAGGCCAAAGCAUCACUUUAUGCUUCACUAUCCCCAUUUGAUCAUUCAGUAUGGUCCAUUGCGUCACUUGUGGACGCUUCGUUUCGAAUCUAAGCAUAGAUUUUUCAAAAAUAUUAUACGUCAUAGUACGAAUUAUAAAAAUAUUUUGCAUUCGUUUUCUGAGAAGCAUCAAUUACUUCAAGCAGUACUUGCCUCAAAAAAAAUCACAUUCAGUGAUAAAGUAAUAGCCGAUAAUGUUACUACAUACAAUUGUAAAGAUUAUCCAGAACAUCUGUCAUCUGUUAUUAGAGAUAAUUGUUUAUUUGAACACCCUUUUAUAACUAAUAAAGUAUUUUUUAGAGGCAUCGAAUACAAAGACGGAAUGUGUAUUUGCUAUGGUUGUGAUGUUCAAUAUGGACAUUUUUCAUUAUGUGAAAUAAUGUAUAUGCUUGUUGAUCAAGCAUAUUCAAAUAUUUACUUUGUUGGUAAAAAAUUAGAAAUUGUAGAAAAUUUUGAUAAUGGCGCAUUUGUUGUACAAAAAAGGUAUGAUGAUACAGAUUGCGCGUGUAUUCAUUAUUCUAAAAUAACACCUAAAGAAGCUUUGCUGCAGUUUGUAGCAUCAUCAGGUGAUAAGUCUAAAUUUUUUUGUUUUAAAACAAAUCCUGCUAUCCAGAUGUAAAGACAUUGUUUCUUUGCUAUAUUGGCUUAUCUCUAGUUCUGUAGAAGUUUAAAAAAAUUUACAUACAUACUUAGAUCCAGUGUAAAGUAACGUUAUGCGUACAACGUUAUUAUGAAAUAAUUUUUAUUAUAAUACAUGUUUUUAUGAUUAAAUUUUAACUUCAAAAUUUACCUUUAUAAAUUAAAAUAACGUGUAACUGCAUAUUUCAUGUUUGUUAUUAUAUUGUUGUGAAUAAUAAAAAAAAUACAUAAGCUGCUGUUAUUAUUCCUAAUUUUUGGUCUAAAUUUUAGUAAACAAAAAUGUUAGCGUUCAAAAUUUGGAACGUAUCACGAACCAAAAAGGUAUUCGUGGCCAUUGAAGAAGACGAGCAGAUGUUAUUAGUACUGGUAGCCAAAGCCUCAGAAAAACUACAAAUUGAUGGAAGCACAUUAGUGUUAGAAACAGAUGGGACUGUAAUAGAUGACGAAACAGUGUUGAAAAUGGUCGAAAAGGAAGUUUUAAUUUUGCUGACAAAAGAGGAGUGCUGGGUGUCUGCUGAUGUGGCACUGGCAAGUGCAAGUUUUAUAUCUCAGGCUUCUACUGUAACUAUUAGCUCAUCCUCAUCCUCGUCGCAUGAAUUGAGUCCGUUUGAAACAGAAGAGAAUAAAACGUGGGUUGACUUUGAAAUUCCAUGGCAAUGCUUACCAAAAUCAGUAAUUCGGGAAUGCGAAGAAGGCUUUAAAACAGGAGAUUGCCGAAGCAAAGUUAUCAACAUGAUUGUUGAUAAUGUCCGUGAAUUUACCAAACAUGCAGAAAUAGAUAAAUUUCGUGCUAUAGCAAAGCAAAUUGUAGCAAAGUAUCCGAAACAAUUUGCGGACGUUGAUGACGACGGUAUCGUUAUAGGAGAUGGGAAUCAUACAAUUUUGAAAAGAUUGGUAGAUCGUAAUAAUUACUUAAACCGACCUCACAAAAGAUCACCGAAUGCAACAUAUGUAACAGAUAUACCUUUAGGAAAAAGAAGAAAAAUGUUGAGCAAAAAAGCAGGUUGUUCCAACUGGCAACCGGAAAUCGAAACAAAAUCUCCCGAAUCACUGGAGGAAAAAAAGAAUACACUUAAUGCGUUGCACAAUGCUUUUCUUAACAACGUCACGUUAGAUUUAGAAACUACAACUCUUCUAAAUGAGACAUACAAUAUGCAACGUUUAUUCCUGAAUAAAUGUGAUGCUCCCACCAUAGAAGAAAUUGUUACAGAGUGGCCAGUUUUACUUACAACACCAGUUACCUUUUGGCAUUUCGAGAAAUUAACUUCUAAAAAUAUAAACGUAUUGGAAGAGCAAUUUACCCAUAAAGCUCCCAAGAUAUUACAGCUUGGUCAACAAAAUAAAAUACAGGUAACAUGUGAAAAUUCCUACCUGCAAUGUCUGGAAGUCAUAGCCAAGUAUUUUAAUGAAGACUUGAAAAUUUUGGUUGAUGAGCAGGACAAGCGUAAUCAAACAGUCACCUGCAACGAACCUUGCAUUAGAACUAACCAAGAAGAUGACGAAAACAGGUAUUUCAUUUAUAUUGAAAAGAAGAAAGUUGCAGAAAGUACUGAUUUUAUAACUGCCUUCAAACUAGUAUUUUCGUUCUACUAUAACUUGAAUAUGUGCUAUCCUAAACAAAUAUCACAUACACUACAGUUUGUACAAAUGUAUUUUUUUAAAAUGUACCCAGAAAUUGGCACCAAGAGCAAGAAAAAAACUAUUACUAAAGUAGUAUCUUUAAUGAACAAAUUGAAAAACAUCUAGGAUACUAUAACAUGCAUGCGUCUAACUUAGUAUCUAUAUUUGUGAAAAUUGGUGGACUCCAUAUAACUAUGUUAGCGUAUUGUUCAAUUGCAAUUAUGUUA